AGGGGGCCCACUAAAACCACCCCCAGGGCAGAAGGCCUUUCAUAGCCUCAUACGGUGGAGACUGACUGGACCUGCCUGUGUCCACUGGUUUUCACGUUGGCACUACACACAUCACACCUCACCUCGGUCCUCAGAUGUGUCCCUGGUCCCUUGUCACAGGUACUGGACAUUGCAUAUCAUUACACCUGCUGAGGCCGCCUUGGCCCUCACUCUGCGUCUACUCUGCGUCUUGCCGUCUAUAUAAAGGGUGCCCUGAUCCUGGAUUCACAGCACCCGUUGCGGCACGGGUGAAGUGCCCUGACCUUCUUAAUGGGUCAUGAAACCGGUCAUUUUGGGAACUGGCGCUGCUGGGGUUGGCCACAGGAGGGGAAGGCUUUCCUGGGCUCUAGUCUCCUCUCUUCACCUUUGUCAUAUUUACGCAACAAUGAAGGGAGGUGCCCGGGAGGCGGGGGCGUUUAAACGCUAAGUGCCACCAGGUGUUUUAAAGGCAGAGCGGGGCGCCCGCGAGCGCCACCUUAAUCCGAGAACCUAGUAUCUGCUGUGAACCGCUGGCUCCGGCUACAGCACUGAUGUCCGAUCUUACCAAAAAGAUUCCGACUUAACAUGGGUCGGAUGCCCACUCACUCGGUCCCCGCCUUGGGGACCCACCCGGCUUACUGCGCCUGCGCUCGCCGCGACCGACCUCCAGUCCCAGCAGACCGCGCGGCCGCGGUGACGAGAGAAUCCUAGGAGGAGCUACGGCCGCCGUGGGCGGGGCUAGCAGGCGGUCGGCCGCCGUGGGAGGAGCGUCACAGGAACUGGAGGGGGCUGUGGGCGGGGUUCGGGGGGGCAGUCAAGUGCCGUGGGCGAGGCUAGCAGGGAGGUCGGACGCCGUGGGCGGGGCGUGCUGGGAGGAACAGGAGGCAGCUGUGGGCGGGGCUAGCCCUGCGACCUGGGCGGAACAGGGGGCAGCUGUGGGCGGGGCUUCUGGGAGGAGCGGGAGCACUCUGUGGGCGGGGCUACCGGGGGGCCGUUGGGUGCCGUGGGCGGGGCGGUCUAGGCGGAAGAGGAGGCAGCUGUGGGCCGGGCUAGUGGGGUGGUCUGGCGCCCUGGGCAGGCGGGCUGGAUUUUGGUCCUUCCCAGUUGCGGGGGAAGCGCGGGGCAGGUCCCGCACUGAGCGCCAUGGCCCAGCCGCCGCCCGACGUCAGUGAGGACAAGUGUCUCCCUGAGUACCGCUACCUCUUCUGCCCCGACCUGCUCCGGGACAAAGUGGCCUUCAUCACAGGUGGUGGCUCUGGGAUCGGGUUCCGGAUUGCUGAGAUUUUUAUGCGGCAUGGCUGCCACACAAUCAUCGCCAGCAGAAGCCUUCCAAGAGUGUCAAAGUCUGCCACAAAGCUGGCUGCUGCCACUGGCCAGCGGUGCCUCCCUCUAUCUCUGGACGUUCGAGCCAUCCCAGCCAUCACAGCCGCCGUGGACCAGGCACUGAAGGAGUUUGGGAAAAUCGACAUUCUCGUUAACUGUGCAGCUGGAAACUUCCUGUGCCCUGCCAGCGCAUUGUCCUUCAAUGCCUUCAAGACCGUGAUGGACAUCGACACCUUGGGCACCUUCAACACAUGUCGUGUACUUUAUGAGAAGUUCUUCAGGGACCAUGGAGGCGUGAUCGUGAACAUCACCGCGACCCUGGGUACCCGGGGGCAGGUGCUUCAAGUGCAUGCAGGCUCUGCCAAGGCAGCUGUGGAUGCAAUGACAAGGCACUUGGCUGUGGAGUGGGGUCCCCAGAACAUCCGUGUCAACAGCCUCGCCCCUGGCCCCAUCAGUGGUACAGAGGGGUUCCGGCGGCUGGGUGGCCCCCAGGCCAGUGUCAGCGCAAAGACUCUGGCCAUCCCCCUGCAGAGGGUGGGCAACAAGACAGAGGUCGCCCACAGUGCACUGUACCUGGCCAGCCCUUUGGCUUCCUACGUGACAGGCGCCGUGCUGGUGGUUGACGGCGGGGCAUGGCUGACAUACCCCAAUGACAUCAAGUUGCUGGGAGAUUUCGCAUCGUCUGCUAAGCUCUAGGUGAUGUGCUGCUCUCGCCUUCUGGUGGUCCCCUCUGUCCUUGGGCCCCUUCCUGAAACCCCCAUCCAGUGGGCUGGUGUUCACUGUUUUGGGCCCCGAUGUGUCUCCCCUGAAUCCCUUGGGUGUAUUUUUAGACAUGUUUUGGGCACUUUUGGGUUUUGACUACCCCAACAGAUCAAACCAGAGUAAGGCAAGGCUGAGGAGGGGUCUUGAACAGAUGGGUCGUGCUGGGAGGGGGCCCAGCCCAAUGUAGCUGCACCCCAGACCUCAGGGCCUCCUGCAAAUCAGGACAGGCAUGGCUUGCCUGCAGCGGGUGGGAACCCCUCUCUUUGGGAGCUCUACUGGGUGACUGUCUCUGGAGGCCUGAGGGCCUGCUGGGCCCGUGGGGGCAGAGGGAGGAUGCCAUUGCUCUCCGCCUUCCGCUUGUCUCCCUCUAGUCCUGGUGCCGGGCCGGCCUGCGAGGCCUGCACACCCACUUCUCUGAGUAUCAGAUUCCUCUGAAGAAGGCUGAGGAGGUGCUUGGGCCUCUGAGCUCCUCUGUGCCCCAAGCCUCUUGGGUCCCCAUUGUGGGCUGGUGGCAGAAACGCUCUAGGGCCGUGGCUGGCUCCCAUCCCGCGUCUGAGGGGUGGGUGUGGUGGAGGGACGUUCCAGGAGCUCACAGCCUGUGGUCACACCAUGAAGCCGAGGUGGGAGCCGGUUUCCACAGUGACCGCCAUCCUGCCUGGAGGUGGGUUUGUUGGUGGACACAGGUGAUGCUGAGAAGCGCCUCUUCUGAAGGCCUCUGUGGUUUGGUUGCAGGCAGACACGUUCUCAGGGCCCAUGGCAUGUGGGCGGCCAGGCAGCGGGAGGGUGUGGGCCCCAGGCCAGCUCCCCAGUCACUAGGAUGAGGAACGCUCAUCUUUGGGAGCUCUGGGAGGUUGCAGAAGGGGCUCAUGGUGUCCGCCCCCCGACCCAAGAUGCACCGGGCCUGGCUGCCUGCUGCCCUCUAUGGGCGCUGAUGUGGACCUGCAGCAUUCCUCCUACCCGAGUCUGGCCACUCAGGGCUGAUGCCCAGGGCGUGUGCAGGAGGCAGAAGCUUGUGCCCCUCAGCUUUCCCCGGUGACCUUGGCAUCUGCUGGAGUUCUGACAGGCACUGGAUGGCUGAAGUCAGGGAGCUGUUCCGAAGGGACGCUGGUCCACAGUCCCUCUGGGACUUCUGGGAUGCUUCCUGCGGCGCUCCUCCCAGGACUGCCUCCCACCACCAAACCGGACAAUCUCAGCAGGAUCCGAACCAGAGACUGGCCCCUCCUCCAGGAACUGUGCUGUGUCCACAUCCCUCCCCAUGGCCCCGCCUCCCAUGCUCAGGUGGGAGUGACCAGGCAGUGAGGCCACCUGCUCACUUGCCUACACCCCAUGGAUGUCUGCCAGGGGGCCUCUGACAUUCUGGAGCUCCCUCGGGAGUGGACCUGGGAUCCGACCUGGGGUCUGCGGCUGUUCCCCCGUCGGCCCUGCCUCAUCCCAGCCUGGGGGGCCUUUGUGGUCUUCCGGCCUGUGUCCCCUGCAUGCCGAGGUGGCUGCACUGCCUGGCUAUAGAAAGCAGGGCAUUUCAGGCUCCCGUCUUCCCUUCCUUGUUCCUCUGCUUGGGGAUCUUACUCCACAGGGGGAUGCCAGACCAGGGAGGCUAGAGAAGCAUGUUUGAUCCCUCCCACCCCAGGCCUGGGUGUUGGGCUGCAGAUGGGACCCUCUGGCUGGGGCACACCCAUCCCUCUCAGCCGUUGGCGACAUGCACUGGGUUGUCCCCCACCUCCCCUGGAGUCUGUCCUUUGUGGGGACAUCCCAGUGGACUUCGUCCUGUGCCACUCAGGGCCUGACUUUCUAGGCCCUCCAGUGGGCCAUUGUCAUCACCAGCACCCUCUCAUAGGCCCAGAGGGGUCAGAAAAUUCUGCGUCUCAUUUGUUCCUUCGAUGAUCACUCUUUGACAUUCAUGCCAGGACCUAAGGAAGCCACUUGGACCCUGGGAUUUGUUUUCUGUGCUGUUCGUUAGAGACUCUGAGAUGGCCUUGUAUGGGAGGUGCUCAGAGCUGUUGUCGGGCUGGGCACACGGCCCCUCCUCCCUGUCUGUACCACCGUUUACAAAAGCGGAGGUCCUCGCGUUUUGCCAAUAAAUGCAUUUCCCUAAAAAAA